AUGUCGGAUUCCAUUGAUACUAUUGGCAAUAGCUUUAAUAUAUCCCGAAAUUUUGCGCCCUCGCACUCAAGUGUAACAACCGCUGAAAGAUCUUCUCUUUCGGCGGAAAAUGAGGUCGCAAUUGCUCGUUGGAAAUUCAACCGGGCAAGAACUGAAAAAGAACACGCGGCUUUCAGGGAGCGCAUGCAAUUUCAGUCAGCCGACUUCCAUCAAUUUCUCGCGGAAACAGCUAAAAACUCUCCAAAGGUCGCGGUGCCUUCUCCAGCUUGGGCGAGCAUCCCAUUUCCUGUCCCAGUAAGAACCCCCACCGUUAUAGAAGAACCUGAUAAUCAGCAUUCCGAGAUGAAUGCAAGUAUCGAUGAGAUUCAAGAAGUUCCUCGUCGUCAAGCCACUCCAAUGGACUUUGGUCUUGGUAAUCAACAAAAUGAAGCAACUCUUGACGUUCCAGCUUUUAGCUUUGACCGUCCAUCUUUCGAUGAUAAUCUCGGAAGCAUUGAGUUGCAGUCAUUCCCCGAAAGUGAGCUUCGUACAAACGCUCAACAUGCUGCUGGUAACCGAGAGACAAUGAUUACCGUUGGUGCUGUCUUUGAACUUCUACGCAAUCCCUCGGAUGUUCGUUAUCCUUCUGCCAGAGCUUCUAACAUGGCUGCUGUUCAAAACAUUCCUCACUCCGACUAUAACCGCUCCGAUACUCACGUUGAUACUUUGGACGAAUACGACGAUGGAUCUUUCUCCCAAGCUGGUGUUGGUGCUAGGGACGAAAAGGAAGUUCUGGAUUACAAGGGCUUUUCCAUCGCAUCAACUUUCCUCUCGAUUUCGAACCUUUGUUUCUUCCUAUCUACAGCUGAUAGUGUUUAA